UCUCAAGUGUACUGAUUUUAAAGGUUAUUGCUCCUACAAAAUGGAAUCCAACUCUAAGUUGUCUGUCGGAAAUCAAGGGAAUUCCUACCCGGUGGAUCUGCCUUGUCAGGAUUAUGACGCAUUGCGUCUUGACCAUGAAUUCCUGUCAAGUCUUGAGUCAGGCACGAAGUCAUUCCACCUUCCCAGUGGUGCAGAGGUAAAAAUAUCUCAUGACAAUAUAGGCCAUCUCAGACUGUUUGAUGAAGAUGAUCCACCUCAUUCACUUCUUGCCCUCCAUUUACCAGGAGAGGAAACCCAAGUGGUUGCUGUAUACAUGCAUCAAAGAUGGUGGCCCAUCAGUGAUGUUUUGAAGACAUCAGACAAAUCCAGAAAUGGACUUGUGAUUGUGGAGUCAGUGAUUGAGAGAGUUAUCCUUUACCUGCUAAAUCAAGUUGUGUUUGGUGUAUUGGAAAGGUCUCCACACGAACUUAUGUACUUCUCAGCUCAUCCUGUGUCAGAGUAUGGCAAAGUCUUCUGGCAGGAUGGAGAAGCAGUUGGCUUUUACACUGUUAAAAAGAAAGGGAGCCUGUGCGAUGGCUGCACCGGUCAGAGUUACCUUCUUUCUGUGCUGGACACUGUGUUUGUGCGCAGCCGUUGGAGGAGGAAAGGCCUAGCUAUGCAGAUGCUGCGAUUUUGCAUGUCCAUGCCCACACAGAGGGUGCUGGGCAUUAGCUAUCCCAUAUCUCCCAGUAUGUAUGCAGUUUGCAAGAAGUACCUAGAGAUUCACCAGGAACAAAGAGAUCGCCUUUAUGAGGUGGAGGCUCCUGGGAAUUGGAGUCAGCGGCGCAAUGUGUGGCUGAGAGUCCGAGUCCAGCAUGGGCCAAGACAUGAUGAAAAUCCACACACCACCCAAGUUGACAAGCAGCUCACAGACAAUAAAGUGAAGUAAGGAAAAAAAAAGAGAGAGAAAAAUUCAAACGAAGUUACAUCUGGAUUUAACAGCAGUAAUGGUAGUUCAUUGAUCAUUGACAUGCGCAUAUCAUUACAAAACAUUAAACAUUCAAAUUUAAACUAAUCUAUAACCAUAUUAGUGAACUGUCAGCUAGAGCGUUAUGUAGCAUUUCAUCUCUUAUAAAAAGAUUAUUUCAGAAAACACAUUUAACUGAAGGUUAUAACAAUGACAAAAGAAUAUAUAUUUUCUAGUUUGGCUGUCAUUUUUAAUGCACCCUUUUCUACAUCUGGAACUCUUUUCCUUUCGAGAAAUACAAAUGAAUCUUUCAACCCACACAGCCUGCUUCCAAGUGUUCAGGAUGUACAUAAUAUCACUGGUGAAGUAAAUUUAAAACUGGUACUAAUAAUUAUAAUCCGAGUGUUUAAAACAAUAAAUCAUAUUGCACAUUUACAAAAAGCACAUGUUGUUUUUCUUACUUGCUGUCAAAAUGUAUAAGUAUUUAAUAUAAUUGUAUUAUAAUUUGGGAUAAAUAAUCUGCAUUUCUUUUGUAAUAAAUGUAAUAAAUACUGUAAUAAAUGUAUAAUAAUGUAAUAAAAAUGUUAACCAAA